AGCCAGGAGGAAGGAAAGGAACCCGAAAACGAAAGGAAAAUCGAGGCAGUGUAAUUCCCCCGCCCUUGCCAGGGCUGAGUCACGGAGCCCAUGUGACGGGCAGACUCCAGUCAGCUGCUUCAUCCCCACCCGGGACAGCUUACUGUGGUCAGGCGUCCGGACCAGCGGCCAGGGGCUGUCGGCGGGGGCUGCGCUGAGGGAUGAGGGUCGGUUGCCACCGGGAGCUGCUGUUGCUGCUGCUAGUGGUUGGGAUGCCUGCCUCCCUUGCAGGAUCCCAGCCCCAGCAACAACGCAAGUGGCCUGUGCCUUACAGGCGUUUUGAUUACCGUCCGAAAACAGAUCCCUAUUGUCAAGCUCGUUACACUUUCUGUCCUACUGGCUGUCCCAUUCCAGCAAUGAAGGAUGAGGAUGUCAUUGAAGUCUAUCGAUUACAAGCUCCAGUGUGGGAAUUCAAAUAUGGGGAUCUGCUUGGACAUUUGAAUAUUAUGCAUGAUGCUGUUGGCUUCAAGAGCUCUCUAACUGGCAAAAACUACACAAUGGAAUGGUAUGAACUCUUCCAGCUUGGGAACUGCACAUUUCCACAUCUCCGGCCUGACAUGGAUGCACCAUUCUGGUGUAAUCAGGGAGCUGCAUGCUUUUAUGAAGGAAUAGAUGAUGUACACUGGAAGGAAAAUGGGACCUUGGUUCUGGUGACCACUAUAUCAGGAACAAUGUUUAACCAAAUGGCAAAAUGGGUACAAUAUGACAACGAAACUGGGAUAUACUAUGAAACCUGGACAGUUCGAGCAAGUCCUGACAAGCAUGCGGUAGUGUGGUUUGAAUCUUAUGAAUGCUCGAAAUUUAUAUUAAGAACAUAUCAGAAGUUGGCCGAUUUAGGGGCUGUAUUUAAUAAGAUACAAACAAAUUAUACCAGCAUUACUUUGUUUACCGGAGAACCCAUUUAUUUGGGGAAUGAAACAUCUAUUUUUGGACCUCUAGGAAACAAGACAGUGGCUGCAGCCAUAAGAGAUUUCUACUAUCCAUUCAAAUCUCAUCAGUCUAUUGAAGAGUUCUUCUUAAAUGUCUUAAAAAUAGUAGAUCAGGUUGUCUUAAACCACCAGUUUUACCUCUUUUACAACUUAGACUACUGGCUUUUACCUAUAAAGUUCCCUUACAUCAAAAUAACUUAUGAAGAGAUCCCUUUACCUAAUGAAGACAAUACAUGGGUUGGUUUGUAAUUAUUUCAUUAGGUGUAGGUUCUGUGGAUAUUCAUUGACUGUUCUGCCCUGCCUUGGGUGAAGAAAGAGUCCCCUUUCUUGCUAGCUGCAUUACAGCCCCAGAAUUCUCAAGGGGUUUGGACCUGUCAUUGGCCACAUGGUUGCAAGUCAUCUGCUUCUUCUUAAAGAGGGGAGUCUACAGGAGCUGGUUACCAGCAGACACAGUGGCUUGCUAGCUUGACUCCAUCAAAAAUGUACCUUCUACCCAUUGGAACACUGUACAUUUCAUAUUUGAUGGAACUGGGACCAGUUGUCCUGGAACAUGAUGAAGUCAGCAGACAUGGAAAUGGGUUGAGAGUUGUUGGUAGAUUACAGCUGUCAUGCUGAUGACUCCUUUGUUAGAAGGUGGUGGCGGUGGUGUUGUUUAUUUUUGUUUUGCUUUUGGACAGCCUGACACCUUACCAGAAUUACUAAACAAAGCACAGAUAAGGCUGGCUCCCCUCAGAUCCAACAUAAGUCUCUUACACAAAUUAAAGAAGGAUUGGAACUGACUAGCCAACACAAAUCAUGCUAGGGCCCAUAGUCAACAUGGUUUCUGUAAAGGGAAAUCGUGUCUUACUAAUCUAUUAGAGUUCUUUGAAGGGAUCAACAAACAUGUGGACAAGGGGGAUCCAGUGGACAGAGUGUACUUAGAUUUCCAGAAAGCCUUUGACAAGGUCCCUCACCAAAGGCUCUUAUGUAAAUUAAGCUGUCAUGGGAUAAAAGGGAAGGUCCUUUCAUGGAUUAAGAACUGGUUAAAAGACAUGAAACAGGGUAGGAAUUAAUGGUAAAUUCUCAGAAUGGAGAGGGGUAACUAGUGGUGAUCCCCAAGGGUCAGUCCUUGGACCAAUCCUAUUCAACUUAUUGAUAAAUGAUCUGGAGAAAGGGGGUAAACAGUGAGGUGGCAAAGUUUGCAGAUGAGAUGAAACUGCUCAAGAUAGUUAAGACCAAAGCAGACUGUGACGAACUUCGAAAAGAUCUCACAAAACUAAGUGAUUGGGCAACAAAAUGGCAAAUGAAAUUUAAUGUGGAUAAAUGUAAAGUAAUGCACAUUGGAAAAAAUAACCCUAACUAUACAUACAAUAUGAUGGGGGCUAAUUUAGCUACAAGUCAGGAAAAAGAUCUUGGAGUUAUCGUGGAUAGUUCUCUGAAGAUGUCCACGCAGUGUGCAGAGGCAGUCAAAAAAGCAAACAGGAUGUUAGGAAUGUUAGGAAUCAUUAAAAAGGGGAUAGAGAAUAAGACUGAGAAUAUAUUAUUGCCCUUAUAUAAAAUCGAUGGUACGCCCAGAUCUCGAAUACUGCGUUCAGAUGUGGUCUCAUCUCAAAAAAGAUAUACUGGCACUAGAAAAGGUUCAGAAAAGGGCAACUAAAAUGAUUAGGGGUUUGGAACGGGUCCCAUCUGAGGAGAAAUUAAAGAGGCUAGGACUCUUCAGCUUGGAAAAGAGGAGACUAAAGGGGGAUAUGAUAGAGGUAUAUAAAAUCAUGAGUGAUGUGGAGAAAGUGGAUAAGGAAAAGUUAUUUACUUAUUCCCAUAAUACAAGAACUAGGGGUCACCAAAUGAAAUUAAUAGGCAGCAGGUUUAAAACAAAUACAAGGAAGUUCUUUUUCAUGCAGCGCACAGUCAACUUGUGGAACUCCUUACCUGAGGAAGUUGUGAAGGCUAGGACUAUAACAGCAUUUAAAAGAGAAAACUGGAUAAAUUCAUGGUGGUUAAGUCCAUUAGUGGCUAUUAGCUAGGAUGGGUAAGGAAUGGUGUCCCUAGCCUCUGUUUGUCAGAGGAUGGAGAUGGAUGGCAGGAGAGAGAUCACUUGAUCAUUGCCUGUUAGGUCCACUCCCUCUGGGGCACCUGGCAUUGGCCACUGUCGGUAGACAGGAUACUGGGCUAGAUGGACCUUUGGUCUGACCCGGUAUGGCCGUUCUUAUGCUCUGGGGAGUGAGGAGGGCCACCGAGGCCAUAGCCCAACCACUUUUGGCUAGACCAAAUGUGAGUGGCCAAGUCACAACUCCACUCGCUCAUGAUGGGCGGGUGGCUGGGCUGCACAUGAAUGGAGCUGCGACCUUACACACAGGGUCUCAAUGCUAUUCACUCAGAUUGGACAGGGUGGGGAUCAUGGUUCAGUGUGAUAAGGCGGGAGGUGGGGGGAGGGGAAAGAGUAGGUAGAGGGGCACCUGAGAGGGGAGAAAUCUCUGACACCCACCACAUACACACUUUAAAUGGUACUCCAUGGCUCCUGCUAGGGUCCUUCACUAUCAAAAGGCUAUAGUAAUGAUUAUUUUCUUCUCGAUUUAACCCAAAGUAAAUGAGAUUUUUCAGGUCUGUGCUUGAGAUUUAUUUCCACUUAAGCUUGCUGUUUGUGAAGGAAUUUGGCCAGCUGUGAUGCCUUCAAAAAUCCAUAUUCACAGAGUUAAAAAAUAUGAAACAAAAGAGCAUUAAUUCAUUUUUGUAAAAGAACCCACAACACCUUCAAGAAUAGGUACAGUUAUUAGUGGCUGUCAGAGUACUGCUAGAAGUCUUAAUUCAUAAUCUUACUACUUAAAUUCUAACAUAACUCUUUAUGCCUAAAUCAGGCUUUUUUUUUUUUUUUUUUAAAUAAGAUCAAGAUCAAUGUACCAUAGUCCUAAGGACCACAGCACUUGUAUGGCUUUUUUAAAGGUAUUAUACUUAAGUAUUUUUCAUAUGCAAGAGAUGGAUGGUCUUGAAGAGAGCUGUAGGAGCUAUAUUUAGCUAAAAUAUUGAUAAAUCUUAUUUAACAUUAUUUUUUAUAAGUAUUAAAGGUACUAGUGCUUUUUAAUAGCCUGCCUAAUAUGCAUGUCACUGACUACACAGGCUGCAGUGGACAGAUACCUGCAUUAAAAGUACCAUUCCAGUUAGAGCAGUGAGUAUUAAAUGGGAACAGACCAUUAUUUUGGGAUAUCCAGCAGUAGGUCCUCUGCAGCUCUGGAUUUGCCAGUGACUGUAGAGAAGCUUUUACAGCUGUAAUUCUUUAAUAGCUAGGGCAUUGUUUCCAGUCUAACACCUUGCAGCUGCAUCAUCUUUUUUAAGUGUGCAAAAUCUGACUGGUUCUAGGGAGUUAGCGGCUGAAUACUUGGCUGUUGGUAACCUGCUGAGGUGAUGGGUAUUGAUGGAAGAGGAAUAAGCACAUCUAAUUUGAGCUUGCAGUCGGUUUGUGUAGUACUAGGAUUUUAUGGUUGUAUUUUGUAUAAUUUAGAAUGAAGGAUAAAGCAUGUAUUAUAUGUAUUGAUGCAUGAUAUGAUUUGGUUAUAUUCUGCCAGCCACCCUUUCUGAAACCAGAAAGGAAUGGCCUAGUGUGCCAUUGGUAAAGAUGCAUCAGCCAGAAUCUUGUGUCUGAAGCUGAUUUCAAGGCAGUACUAGACCUUUAGAGUCACCACUUUGUUGUAGGUUUAAAAUUAGCAUUUUGAAAUAAGUAAAAGAAUGCAAUGAUUGUUUUCUCUUGCAUUGCAAUUUGAUGUUCCUGUUCAAAUGUUCUGUGUAAAUCAAUCCUGUUUUGUGUGUGAAUGAGGAAAGUGUGUGUUAGAAGGUAAGUGUGAAGGCCAUCACCAGACCAGAUGUUCUUGGGAGGAACCAAGAACAGAUGUAAAGGUGCCAGGAGAUUGCAACACACCCCUAUUGAGAUGUCAAAGGAGGGCAGAUUGAUAGAUGCCUGCUUCAUCUUUAGAGUCGUCAAUCGGGACAAGAUAGCUAUGAUCAAAACCAGCAUGGGGUAACUCCCCCAGAGACUGAUGAAGGAACCAAGAUAAAGAUGAGAAGAACAAUUUAAGAAAACAAGCACUCGUCAAACGGCGAUAGAGUACAGCAUGACGGUGCAAAACUCAUUGGUCCCAAUGAAGAAAUAUUAUUAUAUAAACAGGGUGCUUUGCCAUGAAACUUGGGGUUCAUCCUGCCAAGACUUCCCCAGAGGAUCGUGUUGCGACCAACAGAACCCAGCUCCUCCCUACCCGUCAUCAACCUAGUGGCCGCUAGGUUGCUCCGGACUCUGGACUGGUAACUAUAACAUCGACUGGCGGGAGAGAGAGUGUGAGUGUGAGUGUGAUUGAAUGCAUAUGCUAAUUGUAUCUCCAAUAAACGCAGCGUAUUGCCUUUUCCCCUGAAAAAGAUCCUGGGUGCUUCUUAGAAGCAUAACAUUUGGAACAAGUGACUGAUUACAGAAACAACAUCAAAACUUGUAAAUUGUUAAUAAAUAUUAAAAUAUUUGGUUUAAUAA